CCUUUACACUAAUUGACACACGUAACCAUAGAGCCCAGUAUUCUCCGUCCUUUCCGUGUGGAGACGAGGCCGCAGCAGCGCCACCGCCGCGAACGCGUCCACGAGGAAGCUGAGCGGGGAGACGCCAUGGAGCACGGCGGUCUCUCGCUGCACCACGGAGCCACCACCUUCGGCCGGCGGCGCGACGAGGAGGGCGCGCGCCGGGGUGAGAUCAGGGAGGUGGACUUCUUCUGGCGAGACUCUGGUGCCCGACGGCAAGACGACUGCAGACGGGGGGUGCCCGGCGGUGGCCUUGACGACGUCAACGUGAGUCGCCUCGAUCAUCAGCCGAUUGGGCUAGACCUGUUGACCAAGACCACUUCCGUAACAACAAGCGCUGGCGACGAGGAAGGGGGGACGGUGGAGAAUCAUAAAAUAGAGGUGACGGCGGUGGAAUCGGAACUCCGGCGGGUGGUGGAGGAGAACCGGCGGCUGCGGGGCAUGCUGGAGGAGCUCACCCGGAGCUACGGCAUGCUGUACCAACAGCUUCUCCAGGUCACGCAGCACCACCCACAUCAUCACCAUCCUGAUCUCUUGAACAAUCGAUCAUCACGGGCUCAUACCCACCUGACCACCGCGGGCGCGCCCAAUACGUCGACGCAGCAGUUGCUGGAGGCACGCGCGUCCUCCAUGGCGCGGACGCAUGGCGCAAACGCCGGAGUGGAGGACGAGGACAGCGAGGGGGGCGGCGAAGCCUCGCCUUCGCUGAGCAAUGCAGGAAAUAGUAAUGACGUCGUCGACGGCAAGAGGGAGAUGUCUCAAGAUGGGACGGCGACGCCGAGGGAGAACGGCGAGCAGGCGUCGUCGGAGUUUCAGGGCCGGAAGGCGAGGGUGUCCGUGCGCGCGCGAUCUGAGGCACCUAUGAUUAGCGAUGAGUGUCAAUGGAGGAAGUACGGGCAGAAGAUGGCAAAGGGUAACCCAUGCCCGAGAGCGUACUACCGGUGCACAAUGGCUGUGGCAUGCCCCGUGAGGAAGCAGGUGCAACGGUGCGCCGACGACAAGACCAUCCUGGUCACGACUUAUGAGGGCAACCACAACCACCCGCUACCGCCGGCGGCCACCACCAUGGCAAACACCACGUCCGCCGCGGCGGCCAUGCUCCUCUCUGGCCCAGCCACCAGCCGCGACGGCGCCGCAGCCCUCCUCGGCCACCCCGCUGCGCUUUUCCACCACUCCAGCAUCCCCUUCGCCUCCACUAUGGCCACGCUCUCCGCGUCAGCGCCGUUCCCAACCAUCACCCUCGACCUCACGCAGCCGCCGAGCGCCGGCGGGAGCGGCGGCCUGCCUCACGGCCUCCACCUCCCGCUGGGUGCACCAAUGCACCCUGAUGCGGCCCCCGCGACGCCGUUCCCGGUGCCUUCGCCUCUGGCCAUGUGCCUCCCGCAGAGGGCUCCAACGACGACGAUGCCGACUGGGCUGGGCGCGCGGCAGCAGUCUGUGAUGGAGACAGUGACCGCGGCGAUCACGGCCGACCCCAACUUCACCACGGCGCUGGCGGCGGCCAUCUCGUCGGCCAUGGCAAGAGGAGCGCAUCAGGCUCAGUCUACACCCCAUGGAAGUAAGGUCGGUGUCGCCGGAGAUGGCAGCGGCAUUGCCGAUGCCGCCACGGCGGCGCCGACCGCGGGAGGACAUGCAGCGUCUGGGCAGGGCCGGUCCUAAGAUUUUGCUCGCCAGGCCAAAACUAAAACGGGCCCAUUCAAUCAAAAUAUCAAAAAAAUAUUUAAUAUAUAAAUUGUAAAUAUAAUAUUCGGUGUAUUAAAAAAAUGUUUCUGAUAAAUAAUCACUAAAAAAAUCUGUCCUUUUAUGACCAAAACCCUCGUGAUGACAGCCAUGCUGAUCAUGUAUUGUAUCAUAUUAUGACGGUAAAAAUACUAUGAUAAUGUUACAAGUCUGAUGUC